CUUCAAGUCACGCUCGAGAAAGACAGAGACUUCGUUCUGCUCCAGCUGUUCCAUCUUGUAUCGAGAGUUGAGACCUCUUCGAUCGCAGCAUCCUGUCCCUAGAGACCUUACGUAUAUAUACAUUCAGUAAUUCAUUACCCCACAACCCGCCACACCCGCAUUAUUUCCCCCGGAAAGAUGGCCAUGAAAGCGAGAUCUGCUUCGUCAGCGUUGAGGGCAUUCCGACCUCUUGCUGUGCGCCCUGCCGCUAUUCCAGCUCACCGCAAUUAUGCGACUUCAUCAGAGCCAGACCUCAAGACAGCCUUCAAAGAGGCUAUUCCCGCCAAGCGUGAACUCCUGAAGAAGGUGAAGGCGCUGGGUGACAAGACUAUUGGAGAGGUCAAGGUGGAGAACACACUUGGUGGUAUGAGAGGAUUGAAGGCAAUGGUAUGGGAGGGCUCUGUUCUCGAUGCCAACGAGGGUAUUCGAUUCCACGGCCGUAGCAUCAAGGAUUGCCAAAAGGAGCUUCCAAAGGGUAAGACUGGCACCGAAAUGUUGCCAGAAGCCAUGUUCUGGCUGCUCUUGACUGGCCAAGUCCCAUCCACCAACCAGAUCCGACAAUUCUCUCGUGAGCUUGCAGAGCAAGCUGCACUGCCAGAAUUUGUCAACAACCUGCUGGACAGCUUCCCCAAGGAUCUACACCCAAUGACCCAAUUCGCCAUUGCUGUUUCAGCCCUUUCUCACACCUCCAAAUUCGCCAAAGCAUAUGAGAAGGGCAUCAACAAGGCUGACUACUGGGAGCCAACAUUCGACGACAGCAUCUCUCUUCUCGCCAAACUUCCAGUUAUUGCUGCCAAGAUUUACCAGAACGCCUACCGAGGUGGUGGAGCCCUUCCUGCCGAGGUCGACCUGGAGCAGGACUGGGCAUACAACUUUGCUGCCCUGCUUGGUAAAGGAGGAAAGAAGAAUGAGGACUUCCAGGAUCUGCUGAGACUCUACCUUGCUCUUCACGGUGACCACGAGGGUGGUAAUGUUUCGGCACACACUACCCACUUGGUUGGUAGCGCUUUGAGUGACCCCUUCCUCAGCUACAGUGCUGGUCUUCAGGGCCUGGCUGGUCCUCUUCACGGCCUUGCUGCCCAAGAAGUUCUGCGGUGGAUCCUCCAAAUGCAAGAGCACGUUGGAAACAACUUCACAGACAAGGAUGUUUCUGACUACCUCUGGGCAACUCUCAAAUCAGGACGAGUCGUGCCAGGAUAUGGUCACGCAGUUCUCCGAAAGCCAGACCCCCGAUUCGAGGCCCUUAUGGACUACGCAUCGUCCCGUCCAGACAUUGCCAAGAACCCCGUCUUCCAGCUUGUGAAGAAGAACUCUGAGAUUGCUCCACAAGUCCUCAAGGAACAUGGUAAAACAAAGAACCCGUUCCCGAACGUAGAUUCCAGCUCUGGUGUGCUGUUCCACCACUAUGGAUUCCACGAGACUCUUUACUACACUGCUACCUUUGGUGUCAGCAGAGGUUUGGGACCUUUGGCGCAGCUGAUCUGGGAUCGCGCGCUGGGUCUUCCUAUUGAGCGACCAAAGAGUAUCAACUUGGAGGGUCUGCUGAAGCUUGCAGAGAAGGCAUAA